AUGGGCGCCCCGAGCGCCGCCUGGGCCACGCUGAGCCUCCUCGCCGCUGCGCUGGCCGCCGCCGCCGCCUCCUCCUUCUUCCCCUCAGGUGCCUGUGUCUACCACGGCGUCUUGUUUGAGAAUAACACGGUGUGGAAGCCGGAUUCCUGCCAGGACUGCCGCUGCCGGAGCAGCGUUGUCACCUGUGAGCCCACGGUGUGCAAGCCCCCUCAGUGUGACUUCCAGAAGGGAGAAGUGCUCCAAAUAGCCUCCAACAAGUGCUGCCCCGAGUGUGCCUCCCGAGCCGAGGGAUUUUGCCAGCACGAAGGACAGAUCCACAGCCAUGGCACGCAGUGGGCCAGCUCAGGAUGUGUCCAGUGCUCCUGUGCCCACGGGAAGGUGAGCUGCGCCCCCAGGACCUGCCCUGCCCUCACCUGUGGAGCAGGGCAGCUGCAGGACACGCCCCCGGGGUCCUGCUGCCCCAAGUGCGUGGGUCGUGGCGAGCCUUGUUCCUUUGAUGGCCGCGUGUUCCAGGACGGGGAGGGCUGGCGCCAUGGCCGCUGCUCCAGAUGUGUCUGCAGGGAUGGCACCACUCAGUGCUCCACAGCUGCCUGCCAGCCCCUGCUGUGCAGCCAGGAUGAAGUUGUGGUUCUGCCUCCUGGAAAGUGCUGCCCAGAAUGUGCUCCAAAGCCGUGCUCCGUGUCGGGAAGAACGUUCCAGCAUGGGGAACAGUGGAAAAAAAACGCCUGCACCGCGUGUGCGUGUGACAGAGGGGAAGUGAGAUGUGUGAGGGAGACCUGUGGCCCUGUUACCUGUGAGAAGGGGCAGGGCAGAGCGCAGCGUGCCGGAAAGUGCUGCGAGGAGUGCGUGCCCUCCCGGGGGAGCUGCUUGCACGGUGGCACCCUCAGGUACCACGGGGACAUGUGGAACAGCAGCCGCUGCGACUUCUGCGUGUGCGAGGCCGGGCAGGUCACCUGCCGGGGGGCAGAGUGCGCCAAAGUGGAGUGUGCCAAGGGUGAAGAAUUAGUUCACUUGGAAGGGAAGUGCUGUCCUGAAUGUAUCUCCAGUCAUAGUUACUGUGUUUACAAGGAGCAUACCAAAGCUGACGGAGAGCUGUGGGAAGAAGGGCGGUGCAGGCUCUGCGAGUGCCGGGAAGGGGAGGUGACCUGCUUCCAGCGCUCCUGCCCGCCCUGCCCGCCGGGCAGCCUGGCUCAGGAGGUGAAAGGGGACUGCUGUCUGCGCUGCCAGCCAGGUGGGUGCCACCCGGACUGCGUGAGCUGCUCGCAGGCCCCCGAUCACUGUGACGCCUGCCAGGACUCGAGGAAGCGGCUGCAGAGCGGGCGCUGUGUGGAGACGUGCGAGCUGGGCUUCUACCCGCACGGGGGCACCUGCUUAGCCUGCAAUGAGACCUGCUCAGCCUGUACCAAUGGAUUUGAGUGCUCCUCGUGCCGGGCAUCCCUGCUGAUGAAGAAUGGGCAGUGUGUGCCUUCCUGUGGGAAGGGAUACUUCCAGGACCGGCUCCUCUGCACAGCUUGUCACGAGUCCUGUUCCUCGUGCUGGGGGCCUGCUGAGAGCAAUUGUCUGUCCUGCAAAGACGCAUCUCUCGUGCUGAAAGCGGGGCUCUGCCUGGCCAGCUGUGGCCAGGGGUUCUACCCAAAGGAGGGAAUCUGCACAGCUUGUGGCCACUUCUGUGAAAAGUGCUCCUCAGACCCAGCCGGGUGUGUGAGCUGUGCUGCAGGGAAGCUGCUACAUGAAGGGAAGUGCCUUUUGGAAUGCCCAGAUGGAUAUUUCCCAGGCAGCACUGGAAGAUGCAGAGCUUGCCACGCUUCGUGCUUCACGUGUGAGGGACCUCUGGCCACUCACUGCACCUCCUGCUCCUUCCCUCUGGCGUUACACCAGGGCCACUGCCUGCAGGGCUGUGGAGAGGGUUUUUACCAGCAUCACAAUGUCUGCAAGGGUUGCCACCCCUCGUGCCGUGCGUGCUCCGGCGCCGGGCCCGCUCGCUGCCUGCAGUGCCGGGCACCUGAGGACGUCCUGCAGCCUCACCUGCCCAGGGAAGGAGCUCUGCACGGCCUCUGCCUCUCCCACUGCCAAGCACGCUUCCAUGUGGAUAGCACAGGAGUCUGCAGAGAGUGCCACUCCUCCUGUGCAGGCUGCGUGGGGGAUUCUGCCCAGGACUGCACGGCCUGUGUGGCUCCCCAGGUGCUGCUGGAGGGCAGGUGCCUCCCUGCGUGCCCCGAGGGGCUGUUCGGCCGCGGGGGCCGCUGCUCCGCCUGUCACCCCUCCUGCAAGACAUGCCAGGGCCCUUCUGAUGGGGAGUGUUUAACCUGCCAUCCGCACACCGCUCUGGCUCGUGGGAAGUGCAGGACCAGCUGCAAGGAGGAGCAGUACCUCAACCUGGUGGGAUAUUGUGUGGACUGCCACCCCCUGUGCCGGCAGUGCGUGGCCGACCUGCGGGACACGGGCAGCGUGUGCCUGCAGUGCCAGAACUCCCGUCACUUGCUCCUGGGGGAUCGCUGCGUUCCCGACUGCCCGGCGGGACACUACGCCCAGAGCGGGGCCUGCAAACGGUGUCACCCCUCCUGUAAAACCUGCACCGCAGAGGGUCCUUCUGCCUGUUCUUCCUGCAACUCCAGCCUGGUCCUGUCCCACACGGGCACGUGUGUGCCGAGCUGUUCCCCGGGGUACUACAGGGACGACAGGCACACCUGCACACCCUGCAGCAGCCAGUGCUGGAGCUGCGACUCCGCUGCCGGCUGUACUUCGUGCAGAGAUCCAGCCAAGGUCCUGCUGUUUGGAGAGUGCCAGUACGAGAGCUGUGCUCAGCAGUAUUACCUGGAUUUUUCCAGCAAGACUUGCAGAGAGUGUGACUGGAGCUGUAACGCCUGCAAAGGCCCCCAGAGGACCGACUGCCUGCAGUGCAUGGAGGGCCACGUCCUCCACGAAGGAGCUUGUGUGGAACAGUGCCCUGCGGCUUUCUACCGGGAAUCAGACACGUGCCAGAGGUGUGCCCCACCCUGCCUCCAGUGCCACGGAGCAGCAGACGAGUGCAGCCUCUGCCAAGCCCCGUUCUUCCUCCUGGACACUCGCUGUGUUCCCAGGUGUGGGGAGGGAUACUAUGCAGACCACGCAAAGCAGAAGUGCACAGCUUGUCCUCCCGGGUGCCUGGAGUGUGACAGUGACAGCCUGUGCCACCUCUGCGACAGCAGCGCGUUUCUGAAGGACCACACUUGUGUUUCUGCCUGUGGCCAGGGUUUCUAUGGCAAUACACGCACCAGAGAGUGUGAAGAAGCCAGGGAACAUCCCUCGAGCAGCACCCUCACCGUCGGGAUCGGCGGGGUGACACCCCUGCACCUGUCGCUGCUGGGGGUGUGUGACGCAGGCGGUGGCACGGGCCAGCUCCUGUUCCACAUGGACAGCAUUCCCUCCAACGGCAGGCUGCUGAUGGUGGUGGCUGGGCAGGAGGUGCUGCUGAGCCAGGGAGACCACUUCAGCUGCAGGGACGUGCAGGAGAGGAGGGUCCGCUUCGUGCACAGCACAGACAGACCCAGGAAAGGAAAGUUUUCCUUGAAGGUCAGCGAUCAACAGUCCUUCUCCGUCCCUGUGGUGAUCAACAUUGAAGCAUUUUCAACACAGGCCCCGUCUGUGAUCAGAAACGAGCCCCUCCUCGUCGGCAGAGGGGAAAGCGGGACCAUAACAGAGCUGUUGCUCGGUGUGAGGGACAGUGACAAUCCUCAGGACGUUGUGCUGAUGGUCGUGGAGCCUCCUCGUCACGGGCAGCUGCUCAGAGCUCCGGGGGACUCGGCAUCUUCCGUGCACACAUUCCACCUGGCUGAGCUGGCGGGGGGCCGGCUGCGUUACGCUCACGAUGGCUCUGCCUCCCGGGAUGAUGCCGUGCUCCUGCAGGUGAACGAUGGGUUCCACUUCCAGAACAUCCUGUUCCACAUCAUGAUUGCUCCCCAGGGUGACAGGAGCCCUCGGCUGGUGACAAAUUCCCUGGUGUGGGUGCCCCAGGGUGGCAUGCUCCAGAUCUCCAAGACCAUCCUGCACGCCGAGCUCCCCGGUGCCCGGGACUCCGACAUCACCUACACCAUCACCAAGGACCAGCCCAGGCAUGGGGAAGUGGUGCUCCUGGGCCCGAUGCUGGCAGACGGCCCCGCGGACUCGUGGCAGCUUUUGCCUGAUGGAAGAGCAGCCUCCCCCACGACCUCUUUCACCCAGCAGGACAUCAGCGAUGGCAUUGUGUGGUACAGGCACUCCGGAGCUGAAGUAGAGAGCGACUCCUUCCAGUUCCAGGUGUCCAGCUCUGCCAGUCCACAAACCACCUUGGAAAGCCACGUGUUCAAUGUUGCUGUUCUGCCCCAGACACCCAGAGCACCUCAGCUUUCCCUGGGCUCCUCCUUGCACAUGGCUGUGCUGGAGGACCGUGUGACAGUGAUUGAGCCCCAUCACCUCUCCUUUGUAGACCCGGAGGUUCCCAGUGAGAAAAUCCUGUUCAACGUGACUGUCCCUCUCCUUCCUGGCCAAGGUAUCGUGGAGCACAGGGACAGGCCUCUGUCCCCCGUCAGGUAUUUCACCCAGGCAGAUAUAAACCAUGGCAAGAUCGCCUAUCGCCCGCCCACCGCAGCUCCUCACCUCAGGGAGAUCAUCGCCUUCUCCUUCGCAGGUCUCCCAGAGUCCGUGAACUUCCGAUUCACAGUGUCCGAUGGAGAACACACAACCCCAGAGAUGGUGUUUGUCAUUCACCUGCUCUCUGCAGAGCAGCAGCCUCCGGUCUUCCAGAUCGCGGCGCCGUUCCUGGAGGUCAGCCAGGGGGGCAGAGCCGCCAUUGGGAUCCAGUUGGCUGUGAGCGACACGGAUACAGCUCCCGAGGGUCUUUUCUUUGAGCUGGUGAAGCCUCCCCAUCAUGGCCUUGUGCUCAAGUACAGUGCAGGAGUGCAGGAGCUCAUGAGAGCAGGCGACACCUUCACCUACGAGGACGUCACUCGGAACGCUCUGCAGUACGUGCACGACGGCUCAGCAGCAGCAGAGGACAGCAUGGAAAUCUCUGUCACCGACGGCGUCACCACUGUCAGCACGGUGCUGAGGGUGGAAGUGUCCCUGCUGGAUACCGACGGCCCGCAGCUGGUGCCGGGCUGCUUGCUGGCCCUCGCCGUGGCCAGUAAAGGCUCCGUCACUCUCUCUCGGCUGCACCUCGCUUACACUGACAACAAUUCUCCCGACUCGGAGAUAAGAAUCCAGCUGAUCUCUCUGCCUGCAUAUGGAACCCUCUUACGGAUGUCAGGCUCCCACGAUGAAGAACUUUCCAAGGUUUAUAAUUUCACCAUGGAGGACAUCAACAGCCAGAGGAUCAGCUACUCCACCACGUUUGAGACCAGCAAUCAGCCCGUCACGGACAUCUUCCACUUCGCUGUUCUUGAUGCUGACAACAACCGACUGGACAGGCAGAUGUUCACCAUCACUAUCACACCUGCCCACACCCUGCCAUCUCUCAUUGCUUUUGCUGACCACAUCACUGUGGAUGAGGGGGGCAGGAUCCCACUGCUGGCUGGUCACCACUUAACUGCUGGUUAUGAUACUGCUGCCAAGGAAGACCUGAGGGUCACGGUGGUCACUCUGCCUAUGUACGGCUACAUCCAAAACACCAAGACAGGUGAGAGUUUUGGCCCACAGAGCGAGUCUGCUGGGACCACAGACGCAUCCUUUUCCCUUCAAGAUGUUCUGGAGAACAGCAUUUACUACUUCCAGAGUGUCCAUGAAAGCAUUGAGCCCACGAGUGAUGUUUUCAGCUUUUAUGUGAGCGAUGGCUUCAGCCAGUCUGAGGUGCAGAGCAUCAACAUCACAAUCCAGAGACAGAAUGAUGAGCCCCCCAAGAUGGUGCUGAAGCCUGUCCGAGUGCAGGGGAGUUCAAGAGUGGUUGUCACCAAUGCCUCCCUCAACCUGCAGGACUUGGACACCCAGAACAGUGAGCUGGUCAUCGUGGUGAGCAAAAGUCCUGAGCAUGGUCACCUCCGCAGGAGACAGAGCACGGCGGAGCCCCCGGAGCGUGGGCAUGUGCUGUCCAGGGGCUCUUCCUUCACCUACCAGGACAUUCUGGAUGAGCUGAUCGUUUAUACCCGGAGCGGUGCAGCAGCACACACAGACGAGUUUGGCUUCUCCGUCACGGAUGGGCUCUACACACAGGCGGGGAAGCUGGAGUUCUCCCUGGAGCUGCCCAAGAAGCAGCCACCCACAUUAGCUGUCAACAGGGACCUGCAGCUCCCAGCUGGCUCUGCAGCUCCUCUCACAGCUCAGCACUUGAAAGCAGCAGCUGGUUAUUCAGGGGACUCGCCACUUAGAUUUGUCCUGAGGAGUGAUCCCAGCAGGGGCCAUCUGCAGCUGAGCAAGACUGAUAACCCAAUCCAGAUCUCCGCCAAAGGACCCGUCAAAAGUUUCACCCAGGCUGAUAUAAACCAAGGGCAAGUGGUUUACAGCCACAAGAAAGGGGAUCCCGGCGGAAAUUUCCCCUUCACCUUUGACGUGAUCGAUGCAGACGGCAACGAACUGACGGACCAGGUUUUCCAUAUCCGGGUGUUAGAGGACAGAUUUCCCCCCUCCAUCAUCACUAACAAAGGGCUGGUGUUGGACGAGAACUCAGCAAAGACAAUCACAACCCUCCAGCUCUCGGCCACUGACCAGGACAGUGAACCCACCCAGCUCCUGUACAAGGUCACUCGGCAGCCACAGCUGGGGCACCUGGAGCACGUGGCCUCCCCAGGGAUGAGAAUUAAUUCCUUCAGCCAGGCAGACUUGGCCUCUCGCAGCAUCCAGUACAUCCACACCAGUGACAUGGAAAAGCACAUGGAUGCCUUCACCUUUUCUGUGUCUGAUGGGAUGAAUGAGGUGAGCCAGACAUUUGACAUCACCAUAAACCCCGUGGAUGACUCCUUACCCAUAGUGCAAAGCCUCGGGAUGACAGUUCAGGAAGGAGUGAGAAAAACCAUCACCGAGUUUGAGCUUAAAGCAACAGAUGCUGACACAGAGGUGGAGUCGGUCACGUUCACAGUGGUGCAGCCGCCCCGGCACGGGCUGAUCGAGCGCAGCAGCACCAGCGGGCAGCGCCACCAGCAGGCCACCACCUUCACCAUGGGGGACAUCUACCAGAACCGCAUCAGCUACAGCCACGACGGCAGCAACUCCCUCAGGGACCGCUUCACCUUCACCGUGUCCGACGGCACCAACCCCUUCUUCCUGGUGGAGGACGGGGGGAAGAAGGUCGUGACAGCAGCACCGCAGCACUUCCAAGUGGACAUUCUCCCUGUGGAUGACGGGACACCCAAGGUGGUCACCAACCUGGGUUUGCAGUGGCUGGAGCACAGGGAUGGCAAGGCAACCAACCUCAUCACUAAGAAGGAAUUACUGGUGACAGAUCCUGACACAGAUGACAAACAGCUGAUCUACGAGAUAACAGCUGGUCCCAGAAAUGGUCAUGUGGAGCACAAGCUGAAGCCAGGGACAGCUGUGACCACCUUCACACAGGAGGAGGUGAACCAGGGCCUCAUUUGGUACGUGAUGCAUGAGGAGAAGGCUCAGGAGACCUCGGACAGCUUUCAGUUCCUAGUGAAGGACAGCAAACCCAACGUGGUCAGUGGCAAUGUCUUCCACAUUCAGUGGUCUCUCCUCAGCUUUACACACACCAGCUACAAGGUCAGAGAGAGCUCCGGCUCCGUGAGCGUCACCGUGAGGCGGGUGGGGAACCUCAACCAGUACGCCAUUGUCCUGUGCCGCACCGAGCAGGGAACAGCCACCGGCGGCUCCGGAUCACAGCCGGGACAGCAGGACUACGUGGAGUAUGCGGGGCAGGUCCAGUUUGAGGAGCGGGAGGACACCAAGGCCUGCACCGUCGUUAUCAAUGACGAUGACAUCUUUGAGGGCACGGAGAGCUUUUCUGUGGAGCUCAGCAUGCCGGCCUAUGCUCUGCUGGGGAAUGUCACCCGGGCCACCGUCACCAUCGCCGACCCCGAGGACGAGCCCACGCUGCAGUUCGACAGGAGGACAUUCCACGUCAGCGAGAGCACUGGGUUCCUCUCAGCUCCUGUUGAGAGGAAAGGGGAUACCAGCAGCACCGUGUCUGCCAUCUGCUACACCGUCCCCAAGUCCGCCACGGGAAGCAGCCUUUAUAUGCUGGAAUCCGGCUCUGACUUCAAGUCCCGGGGGAUGGCGGAUGAGAACCGGAUCGUUUUUGGGCCGGGUGUGACCGUGGUGACCUGUGACGUGAUGCUGAUCGAUGACAGUGAAUACGAAGAGGAAGAGGAGUUCGAGAUCGUACUGGCCGAUGCCUCAGACAACGCCCGUGUCGGCAGCCGGGCUUCAGCCACCGUCUUCAUCACUGGUCCCAACGAUGCCUCCACGGUGUUCCUGGGCAACGCCACCUUCACCGUCAGCGAGGCUGCAGGAAACAUUGAGAUUCCAGUCCUCCGCCAGGGACCUGAUCUCUCAACCCCCACCUCUGUGUGGUGUGCCACUCGGACAUCAGACCCUCCAUCUGCCAGCCCGGGAGUUGAUUAUGUCCCCAGCUCCAGGAAAAUAGAGUUCAGGCCAGGCAAGACCGAAGAGUUCUGCCCCCUGACAAUCCUGGACGACGCACAGUACCCAGUGAUAGAAGGGCUGGAGACAUUUGUUGUUUAUCUCAGCUCACCCCACGGAGCCGAGCUGGCAAAGCCGUUCCAAGCCAUCGUGGCCAUCAGUGACAUCUUCCAAGAUGUGCCCAGCAUGCAGUUCAUCAAGGACACCUACACGGUGAAGGAAAAGCAGGGGACUCUGCACAUUCCCAUAUUCCGCACCGGGGACCUGAGCUAUGAGUCCUCUGUCAGGUGCUACACCCGGAGCCAGACAGCGCAGGUCAUGGAGGAUUUCAUGGAGAGGAGGAACGCGGAGGAGUCUCGCAUCACUUUCUUGAAAGGGGAGAAGGUGAAGAACUGCAGUGUUUAUGUCAGUGACGAUUCUGCCUUUGAACCAGAAGAGCAGUUCCAGGUUUAUCUCGGCAGCCCCCUUGGAAACCAUUGGAGCGGAGCUAGGAUUGGGAAGGUGGACAUGACAACCAUAACUGUCACCAAUGAUGAAGAUGCCCCCACCAUCGAGUUCGAAGAAGCCGCGUACCAAGUGCGGGAGCCGCCGGGCCCGGAGGGUGUAGCCGUGCUGAACAUCAGGGUGGUCCGGAGAGGGGACCAGAACAGGACCUCCAAAGUGCGCUGCAGCACCCGGGACGGCUCCGCCCAGGCCGGCGUGGAUUACUAUCCCAAGAGUCGAAUGCUCAAGUUCAGCCCAGGUGUGAGCCACAUCGUCUUUAAGGUGGAGAUCAUGUCCAAUGAAGACCGGGAAUGGCACGAGUCCUUUUCUGUGGUGCUGGGCCCAGAUGAUCCGGUGGAAGCAGUUCUUGGAGACACCAGCACUGCAACAGUGACUAUUUUGGAUCAGGAGGCAGCAGGGAGCCUGAUUCUCCCAGCACCUCCAGUGGUUGUCACCCUGGCUGACUACGACCGGGUGGAAGAAGUGACCAAGGAGGGUGCUAAGAAAUCCCCUUCCCCGGGUUACCCCCUCAUCUGUGUCACCCCCUGUGACCCUCACUUCCCCAAGUACACCGUCAUGAGGGAGCGCUGCGGCGAGGCCGGGAUCAACCAGUCUUCGAUACAGUUCAGCUGGGAAGUGGCAGCUCCCACGGAUGGGAACGGAGCCAGGUCGCCUUUCGAGACCAUCACUGACAACACCCCCUUCACCAGUGUGAACCACAAGGUGCUGGACAGCAUUUACUUCAGCAGGCGGUUCCACGUGCGCUGUGUGGCCAAGGCUGUGGACAAGGCUGGCCACGUGGGGACCCCCCUGAGGAGCAACGUGGUGAUCAUAGGCACAGACAGUGCCAUUUGUCACACUCCUGUGGUGGCAGGGACGGCCAGAGGGUUCCAGGCACAGUCAUUCGUUGCCACGCUCAAGUACCUGGAUGUCAAGCACAAGGAGCAUCCCAACAGGAUCCACAUCUCGGUGCAGAUCCCCCACCAGGAUGGGAUGCUGCCCCUCAUCUCCACCCUCCCGCUGCACAACCUGCAUUUCCUUCUCUCCGAGUCCAUCUACAGGCACCAGCACGUCUGCUCCAACCUGGUCACUGUCAGAGACCUCAGAGGCAUCUCAGAGGCAGGGUUCCUGGACGAAGUGACCCACGACAGCUUCAUCCUGGGCCCGGGCUAUGACCGCCCUUACCAGCUGGACCCCGCGGUGAGGGAGCCCAAGACGAUCCAGCUCUACCAGCACCUCAACCUCAAGAGCUGCAUUUGGACCUUUGAUGCUUAUUACGACAUGACUGAACUAAUUGAUGUCUGCGGAGGCUCAGUCACCGCUGACUUCCAGGUGCGGGACUCUGCUCAGUCCUUCCUGACAGUCCACGUCCCUCUCUAUGUGUCCUAUAUCUACGUGACGGCACCGAGAGGUUGGGCUUCCCUGGAGCAUCACACAGAGAUGGAGUUCUCCUUCUUCUACGACACUGUUCUCUGGAGGACAGGGAUCCAGACGGACAGCGUGCUCUCGGCCCGGCUGCAGAUCAUCAGGAUCUAUAUCCGCGAGGAUGGCCGGCUGGUUAUCGAGUUCAAGACACAGGCCAAGUUCAGAGGGCUUUUUGUCAUGGAGCAUCACAGCCUGCCAGAUGUCAGGUCUUUUUUAAUGACUCCAGAGCACCUGGGAGGGAUCGAAUUUGACCUGCAGCUGCUGUGGAGCGCUCAGACUUUUGACUCCCCCUACCAGCUCUGGAGAGCAACCAGCUCUUACAACAGGAAGGACUACUCCGGAGAGUACACCAUCUUCUUAAUCCCCUGCACUGUGCAGCCCACGCAGCCAUGGGCAGAGCCUGGAGACAAGCCCCUGCCCUGCACUGCUCACGCUCCGGAGCGAUUUUUGAUCCCCAUCGCCUUCCAGCAGACAAACCGCCCAGUUCCCGUUGUCUACUCCCUAAACACAGAGUUCCAGCUCUGUAACAACGAGAAGGUGUUUCUGAUGGACCCCACCAAAUCCGAAAUGUCCCUGGCAGAAAUGGAUUACAAAGGGGCUUUUUCCAAGGGACAAGUCCUGUAUGGCCGCGUGCUCUGGCACCCGGAACAAAACCUCAACGCCGCGUACAAGCUGCAGCUGGAAAAAGUCUACCUGUGCACGGGCAAGGAUGGCUACGUGCCUUUCUUCGACCCCACAGGCACCGUCUAUAACGAGGGGCCCCAGUAUGGCUGCAUCCAACCCAACAAGUACCUGAAACACCGAUUCCUCCUCUUGGACCGAAAUCAACCUGAAGUGACAGAUAAGUACUUCCACGAUGUGCCUUUUGAUGCUCACUUUGCCUCUGAGCUGUCCGAGUUCCACUCGGUAAGCAGCAUGCCUGGAGUCGAUGGAUUUACUCUCAAGGUGGAUGCUCUCUACAAGGUGGAAGCUGGACACCAGUGGUACCUUCAGGUGAUCUAUGUGAUCGGCCCGGAGAGCACGGCAGGGCCCCGUGUCCAGCGGUCCCUCACUCGCCGCUGGCAGCGCGGCCGCAGGGACUUGGCUGAGGGCACCGGCAGGACGGUGCUGGACGACUCCUUGGUCUACGACAAUGAGGGCGACCAGGUCAAGAACGGCACCAACAUGAAGUCGCUGCUCUUGGAGAGGGAGGAAGCCGCUGUCGCAGCCUCCUUGUCUCAAACGGGCGCUUCCCUGGGGAGCGCCUUCGCCGCCCUCACCCUGCUGCUACUGGUGCUGUCCGGGAUCUGCCUCCUUGCCAGGAAGUGUCGGAAGGUGCGAAGGAAGCGGGAGGCUGCCAGGGCUGCCCCUGAGGAGCACACCUUGAACACCAAGGUGGAGCUGCCUAGGGGCGUCCCAAGGGCCACGGGCAGCCGGUGCUGUACUGUGAGGAAUGUUCAUCCUUUGAGGGAAAAUGGCAGCCUCUGCCAAGGGAAGGGCGGGAAGGUGAAGCAGGUGAACUUGGAAGUCAAAGUCCACAGCAAUUUGCAUGACGGCACAGAAGUGUAACGGAGCACACACUUUGGGAAAAGCUUUUUAUAAACUGUAGAACAAGCAUAACCCAAAACAGAAAACCCAAAUAAAGUCACACUGGUAUUUUUAUACACUGGGAGGAGGAGGAGGAGGAGGAGUAGCUGCCACUCCCCUCUGCUCCUUGUGCAGCAGCCUUGCCGCACGGCACUGCUGGCCUUUUCCAUUCAUGGUGCUCAAAGCUGCAGCUCUGCACUACCCCGACAGUGCCCAGGGCAUCCAGCACCUCCCACCGUGUCCCUGGGCAAGGGGCCCAGCCCUGGGACCAGGCAGCAUGGGGACACCAUCCCCACCCU